AUGAGUACUCCUGCCCAUGAGAAUAUAACCAUAGAUGUCCCCGAGGUUGAGACAAAUGUGAUUGUAAGCAAUCCUAUUUCAUAUUCAAUAGAUCCUGUCACUCCGCCCAAAGAUACUAUCGCACAUGGAGGAUGCCCGAUUAUCAAAUGUGCCAUAUCCCCGCUUGGAAGUUGCCUUGCGACUUACAGUGCAGAGUCAGAAUCAGUCGUUAUAUGGUCAAUUGAGGUUGGAAAGGAACGUAUAGUUAAACUUUGUGAGACUACGGUGGUUACCGAGAAAAGCAUCCUUCCAGAAUUACUUGUUUCUGACAAACAAUCUUUCAUGUUUAAUAGUGUCUAUUAUCCCUGUGAUCCAUCCGCAAAUCUCUCAACCCAGGAGUCUCUCAUGAAACUGCCGGAUUACGUUUUGCGGUUACGUCCUAGCUAUCGUGAAGCAUUUCUUUCCGCUGGUGAGCUUGUAGUCGUUGCGGCAAUGCACUACGAUGAUGUGGGAUUGUAUCGCUUUAAGGAAAAUAAUCGCCAAUGGGUGCGAGAGGACGUAUGCUUACUCGACUGGACUCACGAAACAGACUACAAACACGUUAAAGAUAGGUCACGUGAACGGUUUAGAUACUUUAUAAUCAAAGAUAAGUUGGUGUGCGGAUAUGAUAGUCAUUUGACUCAAUGGGAUAUCUAUACUUCUAAGCUUGAAGUGCAAUAUUUUUGUGAUGAUAUUACGAUCUCAAAUGUAGAUUUGAUGAAUGAUGUGACGAAAUUUUUGUUUGCUGUGGAUCCAUCUAAUUUAUUGUCAGCUCUGGUGACGGGACGGCCUAAUUCUCAAAAGCUGACUAUAUAUUGGAUUAAGAAUGAAAUACCGCUCAAUACCACAUACGUUACAACGAGGAAUGAUGAGCAAAUAGUGGCCAUGGAUUUUAUAAGAGAUGAGGAUUGCUGUAUCCUCGUAAUGAUUACGGAUAUGGGAACGGCAAUUUUAUGGGAUCCUUUCAAUGAGUCGGAAAAACAAACGGAAGCUGUUGAAAGUAAGAACGAAAGCAAUCCGCUCGAAACCAUUGACCUCAGUGAACAUAUUCUUUUAGGCAGCUGGAAACCAGGGAUAAAUUUCGUUCUUAAUGGUCACAUCCUGAUCGUAGUUGACGAUGGACAACCUCGAAGUAUACCGAUUAUCCGACAAAGUUUUCAAAAAAUUCAAAAAUCACUUCUGAGUGUUAUCCCUAGCGCGAUUAUGAUAAGGGCACUCGCUCAUGAAGAUGCGAAAUUGAAACCACUCGAUGAAAAAGGCAGAAGACUGGAGGGAUUAAAAGUGAUCUGGCAUGUUUCAGCUAAUUCUGGGAUUAGUGUGUAUCAAAAUAAAUCAGACAAAUAUCCCGUCAACGUUCACGCUCUAAAAUAUUUUGGGUCCGUUAGGAGUUGCACAAUUUUGAGUAAUGAUGAUUUGGCACUUAUAUGUGAUAGAGGACUAUGCGUUUUCUAUUUGUCAGAUGAAACCAUCCACAUGAGAUAUUUCUGGGACGAUGAUCUCGGAUACGGCAUGGAAAAUUGUAUCGUGGCUGAUGAAGUUGUCGAGAGGAUUCUGCAGAAAUUCGAUAAUGUGUUUUGGCCUCCGCCAAGCGCAAAGACCGUCUGGUGGCACGUGCAGAAAACACUCGAGGCACGAUCUCCGGACUGUCAAAGAGCCUUUGACAGGCUGUAUCGAAAAAUGAUAAACCCUACAAAUCUUGUUUUUUACGGAAAGGAAAUUUUAAGUAGUAUCAUCGCUCUGAACGAUGGGAUCGUCGUUGAGAAUAUACUUCAGGCUUGCUUUGACCAACUUCAUACUUACUCAGUUACACAUAUUGCAUACAUGGGAAUUAUAACUCCGUCACUUCCAGAAGUAAGUGAACUAUUUUCUGACAUGGUAUUUGGUUUAUUUCCGAAAUCCGUGUUGGUACUAGAUCCAAACUGCGAAUUUGUCAAUCGAUUACCCAUUUCCCCAAGUCACUUGUACGCGUUCACUAGUAAGUUUCACAGCCAGGACGCCCUGACUUGUUCAGUCAGUCUACCAUUACGAUUGGAGUUGCUGGAAGAUGAAAUCAAAGAAGCUUCAACAUUCAGAAUUUUUUGGAUACACUGGCUGCAAAGAUUCUUUAGAACCAUGGCUGUUCUGAAGACUACAUCUCACAUUUUGUAUAAGCCCUAUCUUGCCAUUCAUAAAUAUUUCGUACAUGGAACAAGAAGAUCAACUUUAACGUUUAUUGUACCGUUACCUAAAUACUGCAACUAUCCCGAGAACUAUUCUUUUUGGCGAGAUGCUAUUUUUCCAGCUUCAAGUCCCUUUGUUAAUGGUACAUUGAACAACAAAUCAGUGUUUUAUCAAACAUGGGAUGGCGAAGCCAUAAUCAAUUUCAAAUGGAAAACUUUUGGUUCAAUGUAUUACAAGUUUAUAGGCUUUACUUUCCUUGUGUACUUCCUUCUCUUUUCGCUCGUGGUUAGUCAUACUGAAGAAUUCAUGGCAGAGGAUCGUAGAAGACGUCUUUUAUAUGCAACAGUUUUAACUGGCUGUUGGCAUAUUCACUUUGAGCUAAGGCAGUUUAUAUGGAGCCCAAGCAGAUAUAUUACAUCAGUUUGGAAUUGGAUCGACUGUGGAGCAUUCGGUUUGCCUUUGAUCACCGCGUUCUAUUUGUUGUGCAAUACUACAGCUCCGGAAUGGGUGACACCAAUAGCUGCUUUGCUUAUGUGGACCAAGUUACUCGUCUUGCUUAGACCCUUUGAAUAUUUUGGGAUCUAUAUUUCAAUAAUGAUUGGUGUGGCGCAACAAGUGUUUUCUUUCUUGAUUGUACUUGGAAUAAUGAUUCUUGGGUUUGCACACGCAUUCUUUAUACUGCUGAAACCACAGCCAGGAGCAUCAGUGGACACACCACCAGGCCUUAAUGAUAAUGACCCAAAUAAUCCAUGGCACCUGACCACGACUUUCAACGCUGUGAACGACGAUGGGAGCAUUAAUUCUCAGCUUGCCUUUUUACAGACACCAGAUGAGAAUACGAACGUAUAUUCACACUUUGGUACGGCUCUCUGGGGUACUUAUAUGGUGCUCACGGGAGAUUUGAGUUCAUUCUCUGGUUGGAGUAUUAGAAGCAAUCCAACGCUCGCGCUACUCAUAGUGGCAUUCUCUUUUUUUACGGUCAUUUAUCUUUUGAAUCUUUUCAUCGGUUUAUUGAGUAACGCUAUUAAUCUUUAUCAUGAACGAAGCUCAUACUUGGCUCAGAAAGCUGAGGUUUUAGCAGAAAUUGAGCUGUUUUAUAUGCUCCCAUCACAAAGGCGAAAAAAAUGCUGGUUUCCCGAUAUUGUAUACUAUGAAGCUGAUGUCAAAGAAUUACGGAAGUUGAUUAAAGGGAAUAUUGAUAGCUAUUCUAAUUACUUAGAAGACGCUCCAACACAUGUUAAACGG